UAUAUAAAUAAUAUAUUAAUUUUCUUAUUUAGGUCGAAGAAGGACUAUCUAGUGAAAGUCUGUAAGGUAGUAGAGCGGUUAGCGGUAGCUAAACUCUAUUUAGACCCUAAGAAGUACAAAUUUACUAUUAAAAGCGUAAAAUACCUCGGUUUUAUAGUUAUUAUAAGUAUAAAUAUCUAA